AUGUUUGUUAGGUGCAUUCUUUACCAAGCCGGGAAAUGCCUCGAAUACGCAAAUUAUGAAGACAUAAACGACUACUUUUUGAUCGACGAAGAUGACGACGAAAUCGAAACAGACCCGGAUGAAGAUGAUGAUGAUGAUGAAAAAGACAUUCCCACAGACCCAGAUGUCAUUUCGGGAUGGAUUUAUACUGUUGGAAUAAUAAUUUUUACGAUCAUUGUGCUCUACUGCUUAUGCUGCAGCGGCAGAGAUGGAGAUUCAGUCGCCAGCUCUAGCUACGCAUCUGACACUGAACAUGGAAAAUCGAGCAAAGCAUCCUAUUCUGCGGCGAAGAAAUCGGCCGGAUUGAUGGAUAAAUUCAAGCAGAAUGUGAAAAAAUCCUUUGACGUAGCGCUCGAUACGGAUUCGGACGGAAACGGCGUCCCACCAGCUCCUUCAGCCGCUGGCUUCUCAUUCCAAACCAAAAAGCGGGGCUUCAAGAAUUUCUUCAAGCCAAGGACUCCGAAAAAAGACUACAUGCCGCUCUCUGCCGAAGAGGAAUCGAUGAAUCAAACGAUCCAAUCCUACCAGAAUUAG